AAUUUUAACUGUAUAUAAAAUUAAUCAUUAGUAGUAAAAUUGAUUAUAUUAAACGUCUAUGGUUUACAAUCCAGUCCAUAACACCAGUUGCUCAUUAUUGGAAUAAAUCACAAACAAAUUCAAUUGUUUUUGACAAAACUGAUCAAUCAUUUAGGCUAACAUUAUUUCAAAAAUUUUCAAUAAUCCCAAACAAUUCCAUUACUUAACUUCCUUCUUAAUAUUUUCAAUAAAAAUAAAUAAAAGUCAUCUAAUUAACAUGGACCACAAUCGCAAAGCAUGUGAAUCUGAUAAGGACGAAAAAUUGUACAUCCUCGAGAUUUUUAUCGAUUCUGUCAACAUGUAUUCCGAGAAAUUAGACAAGAUUGAUGCUGCUUCAUUGGGUGUCGAUUUGAAUAUAAUAGACAUACCAGUGUUUCGAAUCUUUCAAAGUAGUUUUUUAUUGACUAAACCAGACAGAGGAAAAGAGAAGUCGUACGAGACUGGAUUUUGUAAAAUUACUUUCAACUGCGGAAAAAUGUACAUGUUCACUAGGAACCCCAGUGUACUGAUACAAAAACUGCGAGAGAAACCAAUAUUAUUAGACGUGUACAAAAUCAAAGAAAUCCUUAUUUGUCCCGAAGAGGUGAUUAAACAUCCAUUAGGACACACAACAAUCCCUUUGUCAGGUUGUCUUUGCGAUCAUACAACAAUGGCGAGCAAUGACAUCUAUCAUUUACCUAAAUCAUACGAAAUAAAAAACAUGUUCGGUCUUAUAGACGAAGAAGAUCAACCAGCCGGUUUUAUUAAAGUUUUCAUUAGGUUAACAUGCUUUGGAACGUAUACGACUACCCCAUUUGCAAUUGCAGAGAAGAAACUACUUUUUAAAAACAUCGGAUCGUUCAACGAAUUUUUAUGUACCAAAGUACCAUAUUCGGACGAAGAUGACAGAAGAGCCGCGGAAGCGAGUGCGAAAUUCUGUAUGCCUGAUAAAAUUUUUGAAGAAAGCGAAUUGGAUACUCCUCCACGAACGAUUAAUACGGUCGGUCUUAUACUUGUCUGCAAAGAAUUGUCUUUGAGAGAUGGAUUUCCUGCCGACGUGGUUCAUCCAAAUUAUCCGCCAAAACUUCCGGAUGUCAGUAUCGAAGAGAGAUCAUUUGAUGUCGAAAAGGCACGUCGCAAAGGAUUUAAACAAGCGGUGUUUGAAGAACCUGCUACUUUAGUUGAAAGCGAAUUCGUUUCGACGCACAGGGAGUGUAUCAACAUCGGAUGUGCUGGCAGUAUUUGUUCUGGAAAAAAAUAA